UGCAAAGUGAGAAGUGGGACGGCGCUAGAGGGGCUGGGAUCGGGCCCCGUGACCUAUUGGUUGAGGUGUCGGGGCCGCGCAUUCCCGAACCGGUUGCGACAUGAGCGAGGAUGGUGGUGCAGAUGAACGGACGGAUCGAAAAAAGCCGCUUAUGGUGCUGCAGCUAUCGGGGGGCGAUCCUUCGGAGACAAACGAAGAAGAUGAAGUCGCGCGUGUGGUAUUGAAAAGAGAUUCUGUCGGAAAAAAUGUGGAGUCUCAAGCCAACCGUCGUUUGCGACUUAUCAUGCGUGACUUUGGCCGGUCCGAUGGUCAGCACACCGACGCUGAGGCGUGGAAGGAGGUCCAGGAGGAGCUGGGGCCGGACGGCAGGAGGAAGGAAGGAGACCGACUGUACUGGACGCGACCGAUGGUGAUGGCGAUGCUGGCCGGCCUGCGACCCCACAUGUGGGCGCUGACAGACCGCGGUGGCCUGCCGCGCGGCGCGCUCUGCCCGCAGCGGCGCCAGGCCUUCUACGCCGCCAACGACUCGCUCGCUGCCGCCGGCUACCACGUCGCGCCGAAGGACGUGCUGCAGAAGUGGCAGAACAUGUUUGCCACGUACAAACGGAUAAUGGCGCGGGAGGCCGAAUCGGGGGUGUUCAACACCCACUGGGAGUUCUACGACGACAUGAAGGAGCUGAUGGCGGAGCGUAGCCCGCGGAGGCCGGAGAGCGGCGAGGACGCGGAGCCGGACCUGGCGGCGGCGGCCCCGCCGGCCCCGACGCCCGCGCCCGCGCCCAGCGCCAUCCAGGGCGUGCUCGUGAUCCCGGCGGCGGCGCUGCCCGUCGCCAGCGGCUCGCCACUCAAGCCGGCCAAGCGGCCGCGCGUCGACUGA